ACGUCUGUCUGAUAUUAAAACAGAAGAUAUAGAGGGAGAAGGAGAGACGUAUGUGACUGAUAUGAAGGCAGCAGAUACAGAAGGAGAAGAAGAGACGUAUGUGACUGAUAUAAAGGCAGAAGAUCUAGAGGGAGAAGAAGAGACGUAUGUGACUGAUAUGAAGGCAGAAGAUAUAGAGAAAGAAGAAGAGACGUGUGUGACUGAUAUAAAGGCAGAAGAUAUAGGGGGAGAAGAAGAGACGUAUGUGACUGAUAUAGAGGGAAAAGAAGAGACGUACGUGACUGAUAUAAAUGCAGAAGAUAGAGAGGGAGAAGAAGAGACGUAUGUAACUGAUAUGAAGGCAGAAUAUAUAGAGGGAGAAGAAGAGACAUAUGUGACUGAUAUAACGGCAGAAGAUACAGAGAGAGAAGAAGAGACGUAUGUGACUGAUAUAACGGCAGAAGAUACAGAGGGAGAAGAAGAGACGUAUGUGACUGAUAUAAAGACAGAAGAUACAGAGGGAGAAGAAGAGACGUAUGUGGGUGAUAUAAAGGCAGAAGAUAUAAAGGGAGAAGAAGAGACGUAUGUGACUGAUAUAAAGGCAGAAGAUCUAGAGGGAGAAGAAGAGACGUAUGUGACUGAUAUAAAGGCAGAAGAUAUAGAGGAAGAAGAAGAGACGUAUGUGACUGAUAUAAAGGCAGAAGAUACAGAGGGAGAAGAAGAGACGUAUGUGACUGAUAUAAAGGCAGAAGAUAUAGAGGGAGAAGAAGAGACUUAUGUGACUGAUAUAAAGGCAGAAGAUACAGAGGGAGAAGAAGAGACGUAUGUGACUGAUAUAAAGGCAGAAGAUAUAGAUGGAGAAGAAGAGACGUAUGUGACUGAUAUAAAGGCAGAAGAUAUAGAGGAAGAAGAAGAGACGUAUGUGACUGAUAUAAAGGCAGAAGAUAUAGAGGGAGAAGUAGAGAUGUAUGUGACUGAUAUAAAGGCAGAAGAUAUAAAGGGAGAAGAAGAGACGUAUGUGACUGAUAUAAAGGCAGAAGAUAUAGAGGGAGAAGAAGAGACGUAUGUGACUGAUAUAAAGGCAGAAGAUAUAAAGGGAGAAGAAGAGACGUAUGUGACUGAUAUAAAGGCAGAAGAUAUAGAGGGAGAAGAAGAGACGUAUGUGACUGAUAUAAAGGCAGACGAUACAGAGGGAGAAGAGACGUAUGUGAGGGGUGAUCAGCAGUGUAAGGAGGAGGAGAUCCCUACAGAUAUCAGCACAGAUGGACACACAAGCAGGAAUAUCUCAGAAGGACAUCUAAUGUUAUCCCCGGAUUGUGACAUAAAAGAUAAUGACAGAAUACAGGAUUCUCCAGGAGAUAACCCCAUUACCCCAAUUAUACAUCCAGCUCUAUCAGCUGAUCCCUCUGAUCCUGGGAAAUGUUCUCCUGAUCACUCUGAUGUUGGUGCAUCUGUUACAGCUCUGACAGUAGAUUCAGUGUUUACCUGUUCUAUAGAUUCCAAAUGUUUUACGCAGCCCACAAAGCUUAUUACCCAUCAGCCUGCUAAGACAGGUGAGAGGCCAUUUCCAUGUUCUGAGUGUGAGAAAUGUUUUACAUGCAAAUCAGCUCUUGUUUCACAUCAGAGAAGUCACACAGGUGAGAAGCCAUUUCCAUGUUCUGAGUGUGGCAAAUUUUUUACACGGAAAUCAAAUCUUGUUACACAUCAGAGAAGUCACACAGGUGAGAAGCCAUUUCCAUGUUCUGAGUGUGAGGAAUGUUUUACACUGAAAUCAAAUCUUGUUAAACAUCAGAGAAGUCACACAGGUGAGAAGCCAUUUCCAUGUUCUGAGUGUGGCAAAUUUUUUACACGGAAAUCAAAUCUUGUUACACAUCAGAGAAGUCACACAGGUGAGAAGCCAUUUCCAUGUUCUGAGUGUGAGGAAUGUUUUACACUGAAAUCAAAUCUUGUUAAACAUCAGAGAAGUCACACAGGUGAGAGGCCAUUUGCAUGCUCAGAGUGUGGGAAAUGUUUUUUAAAUAAAUCAAAUCUUGUUGCGCAUCAGAGAACUCACACAGGUGAGAGGCCAUUUGCAUGCUCAGAGUGUGGGAAAUGUUUUUCAAGUAAAUCACAUCUUGUUAGACAUCAGAGAACUCACACAGUUGAGAUGCCAUUUGCAUGCUCAGAGUGUGGGAAAUGUUUUACACAGAGCUCAAAUAUGAUUAAACAUCAGAGAACUCAUACAGGUGAGAAGCCAUUUUCCUGUUCUGAGUGUGGAAAAUGUUUUUUACGUAAAGUCUGUCUUGUUAAACAUCAGAGAAGUCACACAGGUGAAAAGCUGUUUUCAUGCUCUGAGUGUGGGAAAUGUUUUUUAAAUAAAUCGAAUCUUAUUACACAUCAGAGAAGUCACACAGGUGAGAAGCCAUUUUCCUGUUCUGAGUGUGGGAAAUAUUUUUUUAGUAAAGCACAUCUAGUUUCACAUCAGAGAAGUCACACAGGUGAGAAGCCAUUUUUCUGUUCUGAGUGUGGGAAAUAUUUUUUUCGUAAAGCACAUCUAGUUUCACAUCAGAGAACUCACACAGGUGAGAAGCCAUUUUCCUGUUCUGAGUGUGGGAAAUGUUUUUUAUUUAAAUCGAAUCUUAUUACACAUCAGAGAAGUCACACAGGUGAGAAGCCAUUUUCCUGUUCUGAGUGUGGGAAAUAUUUUUUUAGUAAAGCACAUCUAGUUUCACAUCAGAGAAGUCACACAGGUGAGAAGCCAUUUUCAUGUUCUGAGUGUGAGAAAUGUUUUACACUGAAAUCAAAUCUUGUUAAACAUCAGAGAAGACACACAGGUGAGAGGCCAUAUCCAUGUCCUGAGUGUGGGAAAUGUUUUUUAAAUAAAUUAAAUCUUGUUACACAUCAGAGAACUCACACAGGUGAGAGGCCAUUUGCAUGCUCAGAGUGUGGGAAAUGUUUUUCAAGUAAAUCACAUCUUGUUAGACAUCAGAGAACUCACACAGCAGGUGAUAAGCCAUUUCCAUGUUCUGAGUGUGGGAAAUGUUUUACAUACAAAUCAUAUCUUGUUAGACAUCAGAAAAGUCACACAGGUGAGAAUACAUUUCCAUGUUCUGAGUGUGGGAAAUGUUUUGCACAUAAAUCAUAUCUUAUUAAACAUCAGAGAAGUCACACAGGUGAGAAGCCAUUUUCUUGCUCUGAGUGCGGGAAAUGUGUUACACGGAAAUCACAACUUGUUGCACAUCAGCGAAGACACACAGGUGAGAGGCCAUUUCCAUGUUCUGAGUGUGGGAAAUGUUUUACACGGAAAUCAUAUCUUGUUAAACAUCAGCAAAGUCACACAGGUGAGAAUACAUUUCCAUGUUCUGAGUGUGGGAAAUGUUUUUCACAUAAAUCAUAUCUUAUUGAACAUCAGAGAAGUCACACAGGUGAGAGGCCAUUCCCAUGUUCUGAGUGUGUAAAAUGUUUUGGACACAAAGCAGAUCUUAUUAAACAUCAAAGAAGUCACACAGGUGAGAAGCCAUUUUCUUGCUCUGAGUGUGGGAAAUGUGUUACACGGAAAUCACAACUUGUUGCACAUCAGCGAAGACACACAGGUGAGAGGCCAUUUCCAUGUUCUGAGUGUGGGAAAUCUUUUAUACAGAAAUCACAUCUUGUUAAACAUCAGCGAAGUCACACAGGUGAGAAUACAUUUCCAUGUUCUGAGUGUGGGAAAUGUUUUACACCCAAAUCGUAUCUUGUUAUACAUCAGAGAAGUCACACAGGUGAGAGGCCAUUUCCAUGUUCUGAGUGUGGGAAAUGUUUUACACAGAAAUCAAACCUUUUUAGACAUCAGAAAAGUCACACAGGAGAGAAUCCAUUUUCUUGCUCUGAGUGUGGGAAAUGUUUUACACAGAAAUCAUAUCUUAUUGAACAUCAGAGAAGUCACACAGGUGAGAGGCCAUUCCCAUGUUCUGAGUGUGUAAAAUGUUUUGGACACAAAGCAGAUCUUAUUAAACAUCAAAGAAGUCACACAGGUGAGAAGCCAUUUUCUUGCUCUGUGUGUGGGAAAUGUUUUACACGGAAAUCACAUCUUGUUAAACAUCAGCGAAGUCACACAGGUGAGAAUACAUUUCCAUGUUCUGAGUGUGGGAAAUGUUUUACACCCAAAUCGUAUCUUGUUAUACAUCAGAGAAGUCACACAGGUGAGAAUACAUUUCCAUGUUCUGAGUGUGGGAAAUGUUUUGCACAUAAAUCAUAUCUUAUUAAACAUCAGAGAAGUCACACAGGUGAGAAGCCAUUUCUAUGUUCUGAGUGUGGGAAAUGUUUUAAACAGAAAUCACAUCUUGUUAGACAUCAGAAAAGUCACACAGGUGAGAAACCAUUUUCUUGCUCUGAGUGUGGGAAAUGUUUUACACGGAAAUCGCAUCUUGUUAUACAUCAGCGAAUUCACACAGGUGAGAAUCCAUUUCCAUGUUCUGAGUGUGGAAAAUGUUUUGGACACAAAUCAGAUCUUAUUAAACAUUAUAGAAGUCACACAGGUGAGAGGCCAUUUUCUUGCUCUGAGUGUUGGAAAUGUUUUGCAUAUAAAUCAGAUCUUAUUACACAUCAGAGAAGUCACACAGGUGAGAAGCCUUUUUCUUGCUCUGAGUGUGGGAAAUGUUUUACACGGAAAUCACAACUUGUUACACAUCAGCGAAGUCACACAGGUGAGAAGCCAUUUCCAUGUUCUGAGUGUGGAAAAUGUUUUGGACACAAAUCAGAUCUUAUUAAACAUUAUAGAAGUCACACAGGUGAGAGGCCAUUUUCUUGCUCUGAGUGUUGGAAAUGUUUUGCAUAUAAAUCAGAUCUUAUUACACAUCAGAGAAGUCACACAGGUGAGAAGCCUUUUUCUUGCUCUGAGUGUGGGAAAUGUUUUACACGGAAAUCACAACUUGUUACACAUCAGCCAAGUCACACAGGUGAGAAGCCAUUUCCAUGUUCUGAGUGUGGGAAAUUUUUUGGCCACAAAUCAGAUCUUAUUAAACAUAAUAGAAGUCACACAGGUGAGAAGCCAUUUUCUUGCUCUUAGUGGGAAAUGGUGUUUAAGUAAAUCACAUCUUGUUAUACAUCAGAGAAGUCACACAAAUGAGAAGCCAUUUCCAUACUCUGAGAAGUAAAUCAGCUCUUGUUGCACACAAUAGACAUCACUCAGGUGAUGAACCAUUUUAAUAUUCUGGAGUAUACUCAUCAUUGCCAUGUGGUUCUUAUCCUAUCUCCUAUGCUAUUUGCAAUAUACAUGCUACCGCAUGGGUGAAAUAAUCAGAUGUCAUGCCCUCAUCUACCACUGCUAUACAGAUGACCUGUCUUUUGCUCCGGGUACUGAGAACCCAGUACCAUUCCUAAAUGGUUGUCUAGCUGAGCUCCAGGUGUGGGUGAUGCCAGUUGACUGUGACUCAGUCCUGGUGAAACAGGUACACAUGAUAGAAGCUCACCGUCAUAGGGCAGGGCUACAACUCAGCUUUGCAA